GAAAACCCACAUGUGAGGGCUCCUAGCAACUUGGAAGUGCCGUCAUCGUCAACGGCCACUGUUUCCGGUUCAGCGUUUCCCUUCUUUCACUUUGUUCCCUUUAGAUUUGUCUCCCUUCUUUGUCCUUUUUCCCCUUCACAAUUUCUAAAAUAUACCCAACUCUACAUCACUAUCUCACUAUCUCAGCCACCUGUCCGCGAUCAUUAUCUACUGCCCGCCAUGCGGGAUAGCUCCCUUAAGCGCUCCCUUGGGGUGGACCUCACCCGCUCCCUCAAAGAGUCACGCGUUCUUCUCGUCGGCGCAGGCGGCAUUGGCUGUGAGCUACUGAAAAACCUCGUCCUCACCGGGUUUGGUGAAAUCCACAUUAUUGAUCUUGAUACCAUUGAUUUGAGCAAUCUCAAUCGUCAGUUCCUUUUCCGACAUGAGCAUAUCAAGAAAUCAAAGGCCUUGGUUGCCAAGGAAGUUGCGCAAAAGUUCCGGUCCGACGCAAAGCUCGAGGCCUACCAUGCGAACAUUAUGGACACCCAGUUCAACGUCUCGUGGUUCGAAUCCUUCAACGCCGUCUUCAAUGCGCUGGACAACAUCGCCGCAAGGCGUCAUGUGAACAAGAUGUGCCUCACUGCCAAUGUGCCCUUGAUCGAAAGCGGCACUACAGGCUUUAAUGGCCAGGUUCAAGUUAUUCAGAAGUCGCAAACCGAAUGCUAUGACUGCACCCCAAAAGAAACCCCCAAGUCGUUUCCCGUGUGUACGAUCCGGAGCAACCCCAGCCAGCCAAUUCACUGCAUCGUGUGGGCGAAGAGCUUCCUCUUGCCGGAACUUUUUGGCGAUAGCGAAGAUGAGGCACCGGAGGUGGACAAGACAGAAAACGCAGAUAACGGUUGGUUUGAUUUUAUCUCUCAAUUCGGCGCCGAAACUGACAUCCGGCUAGAAAAUGAAAUUGCGGAGCUGCGGAAGGAAGCACUGGAGCUCAAAGAGUUGCGACAAUCGAUCGGCACCGAGGAAGCCCACCACAAGGUCUUUGAUAAAGUUUUUCGAAGGGACAUAAUACGAUUACAGGGCAUGGAGGAAAUGUGGAAAGAAAGGGAGCGACCAGAGCCCCUUGACUUUACUCAACUUCAAGAAGAAUCCGCUUCGAUUGCCUCGACGAUCUCCACAGAUGACCAGAAAGUGUGGACAUUAGAGGAGAAUUUCAGUGUUUUCAAGGAUAGCUUGAACCGGUUGACUCAUCGUCUGAAGCAACUUCAUGAAAAUAACACCCUAAACCAAGAUUCCCCGAUCAUAACAUUCGAUAAAGAUGACGUGGACACUUUGGACUUUGUUACCGCAACAGGUAAUCUACGAGCUGCUAUUUUCAACGUUGAGCUCAAAUCAAAAUUCGAUGUCAAGCAGAUGGCGGGCAAUAUAAUUCCUGCCAUUGCAACUACUAAUGCCAUGACGGCUGGACUAUGUGUUCUUCAGUCAUUGAAAGUGUUUCAAAACAAGUUGAUGCAUGCCAAAAUGGUCUUCCUGGAGAGAUCCGGUGCUCGUGUGAUCAAUUCAGACUCGUUGAACCCCCCAAACCCUGAUUGCAAAGUCUGUUCCCCUGUGGUGGCUCGUGUCGAAAUUGACCCCGAGCUAGCAACCCUUGAACACCUCAUCCAAGACGUUCUUCGGGUGGAGCUUGGUUAUGGCGAAUAUCUUUCUGUUGGCCUUGGCACUCAACUGAUCUACGAGCCCGACUUCACCGACAAUCUCACGAAAAAGUUGUCUGACCUAGGCAUUACGAAUGAAAGCUUCAUCACGGUAUACGAUGAGAAUGAACCAGAGCGAAUCAAUCUCGAACUAGUAGUUAUGGCAAGAAAUGAGCCGAAUUCUGAUGACUCCAAGCCUGCAACGCUGAAAAAGAUGGUCGAGAUACCCCCGAAGCCCACGAAGCCUGCCGAGCCUUCUCCCGUUCUUCCAGCAACUACCGAUGAUGCAACUGUGUCUGGGAAACGCAAGCGUGAGGGCUCAAGUGACGAGCUGGAACGAGCCAGUCACGAUGCCAAACGGCUCGCUAGUGCAUCCAUUCCUGAUUCCAAGGGCAUUGAAGCUAUCGUCCUUGACGAUGACGAGGGAGGUGCCAUUAUGAUCGACGAUUGA